UGAGUGGAUUGUUUUUGUGAAGUGAUAAGAAGGGGAGUUUCUUGUGUGUCCACAAUGUGUGUUAUUUAAUAGAUCCCCAGGAACUUCUGCAGUCUCCAGAGAUGAAGGUUACCACAGUCUACCUCCUCCAGCUGUCGGCUUUUCUCUUUGGCUUGGGACUUUUCCUCCAUGGAUUCUUCCCAUUGUCAUUCUCAUCCAUGGAAAAGGCGGAUUUUCAGAACUUUCCCAAACACAUAGCAGAAGUCCAACUGGACAGGAGUCAGUACAGAGCAAAGUUCUCACGAACAACAAUCAUGCUGAUUGACGCCCUUCGCCUAGACUUCGUGCAACGACAGGAAAGCAUGCCUCAUGUGCGGAAACUGAUAGAGAAUAAGGAAGCCUGCUUGCUCAAGCUUCGCGUCCAGCCACCAACGGUGACAAUGCCCCGGAUAAAAGCUCUGACUUCAGGGACAAUUCCAAGCUUCAUCGAUGUUAUAUUGAAUUUGGGAAGUUCGGAAGUCAAGACUGACACUUUUCUGCAGCAGACAGCGUCUUCUGGAGGUAAAUUGAUCUUCUACGGUGACAGCACAUGGACCAGAAUGUUCCCGAAUGUGUUCUCGCGCAAGGGGGAGAAUCAGGAUCCGCUCUUCGUCAACGAUUUCUACGAGGGAGACAAAAACAUUACCAAAAACCUGGUAAGUGAGCUCAAACAUCCCGAUUGGAAGAUGAUGGUGCUGCACUAUCUCGGUCUGGAUCACAUAGGACACGCUGAGGGACCGUUCAGUCCGAAGGUUCCUGGGAAAUUGAAGGAAAUGGACGAGAUUGUGAGGAAAAUUGUGUUCGAAAUGACGCGCUGGAAUGCCAAUUUGUACCUGCCCUCGCUCUUCAUAGUCACAGGAGAUCAUGGCAUGAGAGACACUGGUGGCCAUGGUGGAAGUUCAGCUCCUGAAGUAACAGUUCCUCUCCUGGUUGUGGGUUCAAAUUGUGCAUCAACUGAGACACUGUAUAAUCAGAUAGAUUUCGCAGCCACAUUGUCGGUUCUUCUGGGAUUACCAAUUCCGGCUUCCAGCAUAGGAAAUUUGAUUCCUGAAAUGCUGGCGGACUUGACGGAGGAAGAGCAAUUGCUGGCACUGGUAUACAAUGGCGAGAGACUUCUCCAGAAGCUUCUAUUGGAACAAUUUGAUUUGGAUCAGCGAGAAUUCUUCUUGCAACACCAGGAAGGCAAGGAAAUGCACAAAGAGUACCUGAAAAUGAAGCAAAUCGGAGAUGAGGUAAAUCAGUCUCUAUUCAAGCGCGCCAAGCUGUUCUACUUGUCCUCAGCACAAGAAAUGUCCGAUCUUUUGGCCAAGAACUUCGUGAAAUACGACCUCUGGAGCAUUUCUGUCGGAUUAUUCUUAUCAUUCCUCACCACAAUUGCGAGUUUGUCACUCUUCCUCACUGAAAAGGAUACCUUAACCAUCGAUUGGAACUCUUACAAUAUCUUCUUCAUUCUCUUCGGGACUGUUUGCUUAAAGCAUCUGCCCAAAAAGUUCUUCCAAUUGGAUUUUUCACUAUGUUCCUCAGGAUUGGUGGGAAACAUUAUUAUUCUCAUCACAAUUACUAUCAUAAGAAUCAAUUGCAAAAUAAUCCUGAGUGCUGUGAAGGAAAGGAGGACUUCGUGGAUCCCAAAUAUGCACAAUAUACAUCUCUACGUGAUCUUCUGCACUGUCUUCCAUGUGAUCUCAUACGCCAGCAGUUCCUUUAUUGAAGAGGAACACCAGCUGUGGUACUACUUUGGAGUCACACUGUUCAUCAUGCUGCUCUUGGGUGAAUUGAGGAGAUUCAAGUCGGUGUCUUUAAGCACUGAUUUAUCGCAUCUUCAGAAGUUGCACAGCGUAGUGCUGAAAUAUGUGGGAUUGCUCCUGAGCCACAUCUUCCUCCGGAGACUCAAUCAGACGGGCGACAAGUGGCUGAGCGUGCCGGAUAUCGGAGACUGGUUCGUCACAGAGGAGAAUAAGAUGUCCUUGAGUUGGUUCUUCAUCUUCACACUCUUUCUAGUGCUCGUAGUUUGUGGACAGUUCUCGGGAAUCCUCACAGGAGUGCUCACAUUCACCGCUGUUCUUCUAAUCUACUACUCCCGCUCAAUCACUGGUCACGUUACGCUCUUCAGCGUUAUGAAGAGUGACUCUAGAGUCUCACUGCUGCUCUUCUGGGUGAAUGUGCUAGAGAUUGCAGCUAUAAACUACCUUCCAAUCAUCUACAGAAGGUGGAUUCUCAAGAAAUAUCUCCCUCAGGACGGUAAACUGUGGACAGGAGCGAGUAUCACUAUCUUCAGUCUCAUCUCAUGCCUGCUCCACAAGCCACACAACGCUAUUCUCACGGUGGCGUGCAUUCUUACGUGCCAAGUAGUAAAUAAGUCCAUCAAUUCGAUCCUGUCGGGAACGCCAAAGAUUUUCAUGAUAAUCCUGAGUCAUCUCUGGAUUGGGAAGAUGUUCUUCUUCUACCAAGGAAACUCUAAUAGUCUGGCUUCAAUUGAUCUCAAUGCGGGAUAUAUUGGUCUCAAAUCAUUCAAUAUGAUCAUCGUGGGCGUCUUCCUGACCAUCAACACCUUUGGUGGACCACUUCUGGCAGUCCUUCUCAUGCUGCACCAUCUCCAAAGUAAUCACAAGAUAUUCCUGCAGACGUGCGGACUCUUCCUGAUUCUCCCAUUGAACUUCUACAUGGCCAUUGCAACGGGAUUUCGCAAUCAUCUCUUCGUGUGGACUGUCUUCUCGCCAAAAUUGCUCUACGAGGCCUUCAAUUACGGUCUCUUUUACGUGAUCUUCACUGUCUUGGGUGUGACAUGGUGUCAUAAAUCGUGA